AUGGCUGACAGCAGGUCGACCACUCCGGAGAUCACGUGGAGACGUGUCACGGCCUGGGAGCAAACCGGGACGUUCAAUUUCGAGGUGACCGAUUACCUGCGGCUGGCUGGCAUGGGUGUCGGCGAGUACGUUAGUUGGCCCGACGUCGAAGUCGGCGGGUCCAAGUGGAAGAUCAAAUUCUACCCAGACGGGGUCGACGAGGACUGUGACGGCCACGCCUCAGCGUUUGUGCGCUGGUACAGCCAAGAAGGCAUGGAUCCCAAUCCCGAUCCGGAGGUGAUCGCCAAGUUCACGCUGAGCAUCCUAGAUAAAAGGAGCCAGGUAAACCUAGACAGCUGCGGUCCCGCGAAGCUCCUCUUCUCGCCGUUAGAUUACCAGGAAUGGGGCUGCCGCGACUUUGUGGAAAGGUCCAAGCUGGAAGAGCUGUCGCAACUCGGGGACGGCUGCUUCACGAUACGGUGUGUCCUCGCCGUGGUCACCGACGGGCCACCACCGCCUCCGGAGCUGCCCAGCCAACUCUUCAGCCAACUCGAGAGCAUGCUCGACGACGGGACAGGCGCCGACGUCACGUUCCGCGUGGGCAGACGCAAGUUCCGCGGCCACAGGUGUUUUCUGGCCGCGCGGUCGCCGGUCUUCAGAGCUCAAUUCUAUGGCCCCAUGGCGAGGAAGGACAAGCCGCGCGUCAAGGUCAUCGACGUGGAGCCGGCCAUCUUCGAGAUGAUGCUGCACUACAUCUAUACAGACUCGCUGCCGCCGCCCUCCGACGCCGAUGACCAAGGAGGCUACGGCGUCGCGGCAGACAUGUACGAUCUGGAGAGGCUCAAGCUCAUGUGUGCAGAUGAGCUGUGCAAAACUAUGGAUGCAGCGACCGUUAUGAGCACCUACGCGCUGGCGAAUCAGCACCACUGCAAUCGACUCAAGGAUUCGUGCGUGGAAUCUAUGUCGUCAAAACAAGUGUUGGCAGCCAUCCUCGAGACCAAUGAGCACUUCAUGACAAGAUGCCGACCACUGCCAUUAUCGGACGGGGGUCAUGAUGAAGAGGAACAAGUUGAUCAAAGGAAGAGAUUCAAAAGAGCUCGUACGAAAUAUAUGUUGGGUUUGUUUUCUGCAUGCAUAAAGAAAAUUCUGAACCAUAGCAAAGUGCCUCAAUCGUUUGUAAGCCAAAACGUCUGA